AUGACAGAAAAAUCGCCUGUAGUUUAUGAAGACCCUACAAGUUCAAAGAGAAAUGUUGGAUACACAGAUAUUGAGUAUUUAGAGGCUACAAGUAUAGAAACUAGGAGAAGUAGGAUAAACUAUUGUUUGGAAAAUUGUGAAUCUACUCAAUUAGAUCUUUUGGAGCAUUUUACACCAGAAAUUAUAAGUAUGAUUGUGGAAUGGGGACCAUGUCAGCCAACUUCUGAUUUACUACCAAAUAAAGAAUUUUUAAAAGACAAAGAUGGACGGCAUUUUCAUGCAGGAUGGUACUACAGAACUCAUGCAGAUGGAACUAAAACAAGAAGAAACUGGUUAACUUAUUCACCAUCGCUAAAUAAGAUAUUUUGUUUAGACUGUAUUUUAUUAGGAAGAAAAACUGCUAAAGCUUGGGUAAAAGAUGGAUUUUCUCACUGGAAGAAUAUAGGCAUUGCAGUAAUUAACCAUGAAACAACUAAUGCCCAUAUUGAAGCUUCAUUAAAAAUUAAAUUAAGGGAAUCUGUUUUACCCUUAAUUCCAUCCUUGGAAGUAAACAGAAAAUCAAGUGUAGCUCUUAAUAGGGAAAUUGUGAAACAACUAAUAGAUAUAACAGUCUUUUUGGGACGCCAUUGUUUGCCUUUUGGAGGGCAUAGAGAACGCUGGACUGAUCAACUCAGAGGUAAUUUUAAAGACUUGGUACUUCUGUUAUCUGAACAUUCACCAGCACUUGCGUCUCAUGUUUCAACUCUCAAAUUAAAAGGACGUAAAGAUACAUCUUUUAUUUCCUGGGAUCGCCAAAAUCUUUUAAUUGAAUCUGUUUCAGAAUACAUAUCACAAAUUGUCCAAUCUGAUAUUAUUUUAUCAAGAAUAUUCAGUGUUUCACUCGAUUCUACCUUUGAUAUAUCCCGUAAGGAACAGGUUUCUUUUAUCAUAAGGUAUGUUAAUGAAACUAAUGGUACAGUUAUGGAAAGAUUAUUAGCAUUAAGAGAAUCCCCAUGCGCUACCGGAGUUCAUCUUUUUGAGUUAUUUCAAAAUGUUUUUAAUCAUCAUAAUCUUGAUUGGAAAUCAAAUUUAGUGGGUCAGUCAUAUGAUGGGGCUGCAAACAUGAGUAGGCAGUACAAUUUGCUUCAAGCUAAAAUACUUGAACAAACUCCUCAAGCCCUAUUUAUUUGGUGUUCUGCUCAUAGGUUAAACCUAAUAGCUAGUCAGGCAGUAGGAUCUUGUUCAAAUGCAGUGGAUCUAUUUGGAAAUUUAGAAAAAAUAUUUACUUUUAUCACUGGAAGUAAAGCGCGAUCAGCUUUUUUUAGAGAAAAACAAUUAGAACUCUAUCCAAAACAACAAAUAAGAUCAGUGAAACGUGUAAAUACUACUCGUUGGAUGUCGCAUGCCUAUGCCUUAAAUACCGUACUUGAUGUUUACGAUGCAGUUUAUCAAACGAUAGAAGAAGUGAGAAAUAGAGACGGAGGAUCGGAUUUCAAACUUGGUGCUGUUUGUAAUGGACUGCUUAGCUACUUGACUUCUUAUAGGUUUUUAAUGACAGCUCUUAGUUUUAAAAAAAUAUUUGAAAUACUUGAACCAUUAACCCGUACAUUACAAGCUCGUGACAUAGAUAUUUUAGCAGCGAUGUAUUUAGUUAAUAGUGCUAAAGAGCCCAUAGUGGCACUGAGAACUGAAGAAACAUUUGAAAAUAUUUUGAUAUUAGCUAAAGAAUUUGAUGAUAAGUAUGAGAAUGAGGAAUUUGAGCCAUUGCGGACAACAAGAAAACGUAAAGUUAGAAAAAUGGCUGGGGAAUUAUGUAGUGAUGACGUUGAACAAAAUCCUAUUCAAAUGUUUAAAGUAGAUACUUAUUUUGUAGCAUUAGAUAUUAUCAAAACACAAAUUAAUCAAAGAUUUACUGAUAAAACUAUUGAAGUAAUGAAAGAUUUUGCUUUAUUAUCAACCAAACGUAUAAAAGAAUUAAAAAAAAACCCUAAAAGCAUUCCUAUAGAUGCAUUUAAGGCUGUUUGUUUGGUAUAUAAUACAUUAUUAAAGUUAGAAGAUGUCCGUAGGGAGUAUGAACAGUUUAUAAAUUGUGAUUUAAUUGUUAAUGAAACUUUGCCAUUGUAUCUGCAUCCUAAUUUAAAUGAUGACAAUUCAAGUUUUAGCUCGAACGAUUCAAACUGUGACGAUACUACAUCUGAACAAUUAAAAAGGUGGCAAAAUUCAUCAAGUUUAAUGUGUGUUUUUCAAGAUUUCUGUAAAGCUGGUCUAAAAUCUAUUUUUCCAAGUUUAUUUAUGCUUAUAAAAAUUGGAGUGACUAUUCCAGUAUCAAGCUGUUCCCCAGAGAGAUCUUUUUCCAAAUUAAAAAUAAUAAAAACUCGUUUAAGAAGCACAAUGGGGGAAGAUAGAUUGGAAGAUCUGAUGCGUAUCACCUGUGAAGCUGAUAUACA